CGGAAGUGACGCGAGAGGAAAGGGCGGAGCCGCGCGGGCCGUGAUGGCGGAGCCGGGGAAGGGGCGAGGGGCGGCCCCGGCGGGGAAGGGGCUGAGCGCAGAGCAGGUGGUGUCCCGCUUUAACCGCCUGCGGCAGGACCAGCGCGGUUUGGCCUCCAAGGCGGCAGAGCUGGAGCUGGAGCUCAACGAGCACACGCUGGUGAUCGAGACGCUGCGCGAGGUGGAUCCCACCCGGAAGUGUUUCCGCAUGGUCGGGGGGGUGCUGGUGGAGAGGACGGUCAAGGAGGUGCUGCCCGCCCUGGAGAGCAACAGGGAGCAGAUCUCCAAGCUGAUCGAGGCCCUGGCUCAGCAGCUCCAGGCCAAGGGCCGCGAGCUCUCGGAAUUCCGGGAACGCCACAACAUCCGCCUGGUGGGCGAGGACGACCCCAAAUCCGCCCCCCGGGACGGCCCCGAGGGGGGCAAGGGGGGGCCCGGGGGGGUCUUGGUGUCCUGACCCCCCCCCCCCCAAAAAAAAUUCCCAGAGGGAUUUGGGGGGGUUUGGGGAAUAAACGGGAAUUUGGGACA